AGUAGCGACCAAUUCAUUUGUGAUUAAACCUCAUCUUCAACAAGAACAUUAUCGAGUAGAAGCCGCUUCUCUUAUUGUAAAAAGCUUUCGGUGCAGUGACAAUUCUAACGAUGAUGUUGCAAAUCGUGAGCGUUAUCGCUUUUUGCGUUUUAUUAAGCGAGGCACGUAUCUUCAACGUUGAAAGGAACAGGACUCAUCAUUCUCAUCAUCGAGCUCAUGAUUUACCACCGAAGGCUCAUCAUCGAACUCAUCAUCGAACUCAUUUACCACCGGCAAAUGAGACAGCUUUAGUGGCUAGAUACAUCGUUAAUCAUGCUGAGUGGGCAGCCAUAGCGACGGUAAGCGUUCAAAAAGAUACUGAUACAUAUCCUGUUGCGGAUGUAGUCUCUAUCAGCGAUGGACCUAUUGAAAAUGGCACUGGAAUACCAUAUAUGUAUAUUACCCCUCUUGACACCACUACUCAAAAUCUGGAUAAAGAUAAUCGCGCGACUCUUCUAGUGUCAUUGGCGGAAAAAAGUUAUUGCAAAGAUAAACAUUUAGAUCCAAUGGACCCGCGAUGUGCUAAAGUUACGCUAACUGGAAUAAUUGUACCCGUGAAAGAUACUGCAGAGCUUAAAACUGUAACACAAUCUUUCUUCGGUCGUCAUCCGGGAUUGCAAAAUUUGCCCGCAGAUCAUCACUUCUACUUUGCCAAGUUAGAAAUACUUAACAUCGAUUUGUUAGACGGCUUUGGUGGAUUAAAACACAUUUCAGUGGAAGAUUAUUAUCAUCCGUCGCUGAAUCAUACCGUAAAUAAAUUAUACGAACGUGCCUUUGUGUCUAACAUCGUGUCUAACAUCGUGUCUAAUGAGUAGAUUCGGUAAAUACUAUCACUAAUGAAUUCCCCGAGUUUUAAUAAUCGUAUGACAUUGCUUUCUCUGAAGGAACAAGUUGAAAAAGAAUUUAUAUUUUUCAAAAAUAGAUAUAUAAUCAUAUUAUGUGAUGUUGAUGUAUUGGAAAUAAAUCGAUUGCAAAUAUAAA